UCUACAGAGAGAGAGAUAUAUAUCAAAAUUCCAUUUUUUCUAUAGAGAGAGAAAUAUAAUCAUCGAUCAAAGUUGCUUCAAUCGCGAGAAAAAAAAAAAUCCAUGAAUAAAACUAUGGAAUGGAAUGUGAAUCAAGGGGUUUGUUUAUGGUGAUGUCGCGAUCUUCGAUUCGAUUCGGCGAUUAAGAUUUCGAAGCUCAGAUUUCAAGCUCGAAUUUUUUUCUUUCUUUCUGUAGCCAUCUUUGUUGGAUUAUAUAACUCGGAAGAUAAAAUGAACGGGGGUGACGUCGCCUCUUCCUCCGCUGCUACUAGUGGUCCUCCUCCGUCUUUAGAGUGGAGAUUCUCUCAGGUCUUCGGCGAGCGAACCGCCGGAGAAGAAGUCCAGGAAGUUGACAUCAUUUCAGCCAUCGAAUUUGAUAAAAGUGGAGACCAUCUUGCAACUGGUGACCGUGGCGGCCGAGUAGUUCUUUUUGAGAGGACGGAUACUAGAGAUCAUGGAGGGUCCAGGAGGGAUCUUGAGCAGAACGAUUAUGCAAUUAGGCAUCCUGAGUUUCGAUAUAAAACAGAAUUUCAGAGUCAUGAACCAGAGUUUGACUAUCUCAAGAGUUUGGAGAUAGAGGAGAAAAUCAACAAAAUCAGAUGGUGUCAGCCUGCGAAUGGUGCAUUGUUUCUGCUUUCCACAAACGAUAAAACCAUCAAAUAUUGGAAGGUACAAGAGAAGAAGAUCAAGAAAAUUAGUGAAAUGAAUAUUGAUCCAUCGAAAGCAGAGAGUUCAAGUAGCCCUCCUCAAUUAGUUGCUAAUGGUUUACCUGCCGAUAAAGCACAUGGCUACCUGAGCAAUGACUUUUCUUUCCCGCCAGGAGGCAUUCCAUCUCUGCGUUUACCUGUGGUAGUUACUAGCCAGGAGACCAACCUUGUGGCUAGAUGCCGAAGAGUGUAUGCCCAUGCUCAUGAUUACCAUAUUAAUUCAAUCUCAAAUAGCAGCGAUGGAGAAACCUUUAUUUCGGCUGAUGAUCUGCGAGUAAAUCUCUGGAAUUUGGAAAUCAGCAACCAGAGUUUCAAUAUUGUUGAUGUUAAGCCCACAAACAUGGAGGACCUAACUGAGGUAAUUACAUCAGCUGAGUUUCAUCCUAUCCAUUGUAACAUGCUCGCAUAUAGUAGUUCAAAAGGCUCCAUCCGUUUGAUUGAUAUGCGGCAAUCAGCUCUUUGUGAUUCUCAUACGAAAUUAUUUGAAGAACCAGAAGCACCUGGUUCAAGAUCAUUUUUCACAGAGAUAAUUGCCUCAAUUUCAGAUAUUAAAUUUUCAAAAGAUGGGAGAUACAUACUUAGUCGCGAUUACAUGACGCUCAAGCUGUGGGACAUAAACAUGGAUUCUGGUCCAGUCGCAUCUUACCAGGUUCAUGAACAUCUGAGACCCAGGCUAUGCGAUCUAUAUGAAAACGAUUCCAUCUUUGAUAAAUUCGAGUGUUGCCUGAGUGGCGAUGGAUUGAGGGUAGCAACAGGUUCUUACAGCAAUCUAUUCCGCGUAUUUGGAGCGUCUCAAGGAAGUACUGAAGCUGCAACUUUGGAAGCUAGCAAAAACCCGAUGAGGAGGCAAAUCCAGACACCUGCAAGACCUUCCAGAUCGAUUGGCAGUAUGACACGUGUGGUUAGACGAGGAUCAGAGAGUCCCGGAACAGAGGCAAACGGGAACGCAUAUGAUUUCACAACUAAGUUGCUUCAUAUGGCUUGGCACCCAACAGAAAACUCAAUUGCUUGUGCAGCAGCAAACAGCUUGUACAUGUACUAUGCAUGAUUUGGAGAGAGAAAGAGAGAAGACAAAAACAUGGAAUCAGCUUGCUCCAAAUUAACUUACCCCUUUCUACUUUUUCAGGCUCUCUCUUUACCUUUCUCUUUCUUUUUCUCUCUUUUAACUACCAAAGUCAUGAUGUAACCAGAAAAGGUGUAGUAGUAACAGAGUUAUGCUGUGACAAAGACCAAAACCCUGACCAGUCACUGGGACGGAGUCCACGAAAGAAGCAACAGUAAUCUCUCAGGGAGUUAGAAAGUAAAUUGUUGGGUUGGGAAAGAAAAGAAGAAGAGACCUCUUUUUUUUACCAGAAGAAGGGUAAUAUCUGAUAUAUCCGAACCACCCCCUCCUACGUAGGUUGUCUUUUUUUGGGUUGCAGAAGGAUAAUUUUAUUUUGAUUUUUUAUUUAGUUUCGAUUCUAUUACUCUCUCUUUUUUUUUUUCUUCCUCUUAAGAAACAGCUUAUGGUGUGUGGGAUUAUUGUUUUUAGUAUGAGACGAUUGGGAGGGAUGUGCUUCAAAUUUGUUUAUUGAUUCUUUUGUCAUAUCUUCUUCUUCUUCUUUGAACUAAACACCACACAUGGCUUUUGCUAUUUGUCUAUUUUUCCAAUUGUAUUUUCAGACACUC